AUGUUGUCGUCAUUGGGACCCCGCCUCCCCGAAUUACGGCGGAACAUCUGCAGUCGAUGCGCCAGGGUACCGGCGGUGCAGUUGUUGCAGAAUCAGCAAAGAUGGAUCACACAAAAGGUGCUCGAGAAGCGCAAGAAUGCGGAACUCGACUGGGAGAACCGUGCUGAACUAAUCAAGAAAGGAGAAGUUCCUCACAUCUGGGAUCUCUUCGAGGAGCGUGGCUUCAUCAAGGACGUCGCAGGACGUACACCACAAGUCAAAGAGCUCUUGCGAACGAAACGGAUAGGCGCUUAUGUCGGUGUCGACCCGACCGCCCCGUCACUCCACGUCGGCCACCUCCUGCCCUUCAUGCCGCUGAUGUGGAUGUGGCUGCAAGGAUAUCCUGCGGUAUCGCUGGUUGGAGGUGCGACGGGUAGAAUAGGCGAUCCCACGGGCCGGUUGAAGACGCGCGAGGUUAUGGCGAACAGCGAAAUAUCAGUAAACAUCACAAAGAUCCACUACCAGAUGAAGAAGAUAUGGGCCAACGUGGAAGCGCUUGCCCAGAAACAUGGCAUAAAGCUGGACAAAUCGGCGAACAGGGCCUUGGUGAACAACAACAUGUGGUGGCAGAGUCUUUCACUGUAUGAAGUGAUGAAGAGACUGGGGCGUUACAUGCGGAUAGGGCCUAUGCUGACCCGCGACACCGUCAAGAACAAGAUGGAAAACGGCGACGGUAUGUCUCUCGCCGAGUUCAUUUAUCCCAUGAUGCAGGGCUGGGACUUUUGGCACCUCUACCAAAAGAUGGGUGUCCAGAUGCAGAUCGGAGGCUCCGACCAGUUCGGCAACAUCGUCGCCGGCAUCGACGCCGUCAAGACGAUCCGCGACUCCGAGGAAAACCCCCUUUUCAAGAUGCCCGGCAACUGGACAGAUGACCCCAUCGGCUUCACAGUGCCCCUCCUCACAGACAGCUCCGGCGCCAAGUUUGGCAAGAGCGCCGGCAACGCCGUCUGGCUCGACGGCGUGAACACCAGCCCCUUCGACCUCUACGGCUACUUUGUCAGACGCUCCGACGCCGAGGUCGAGAAGCUCCUCCGCCUCUUCACCUUCAUGCCCAUCGAGUCGAUCCAGAAGACCAUGGCCGAGCACGCGGAGGACCCCUCCAAGCGCAUCGCCCAGCACACCCUCGCCUUCGAGGUCGUCUUCCUCGUACACGGCGCCUCGGUCGCAGUCCGCGAACAGAACCAGCACAAGUUCAUUCACGGCAAAGGCCAAGCCCCCACUGGCGAGGUCACCGAGGGCAAGCAAGUUAACCUGAACAACGCCCCGAAGAUGGACAUGCAGCUGCCGCACGACCUCAUUUACAGACAGGGCAUUGCCCGCAUUCUCUACGCCGCAGGCCUGGCCUCCUCCGUCAGCGAGGGCCACCGCAUCGCCAAGCAGGGCGCCGCCUACGUCGCCGCGGCCCCCGGCCAGGACAUGCGCGGGCUCGUGCCGGGUAACCUGGACUGGACUCCCGUGAAGAUGUGGUUCCCCGAAGACGUGCCGAAGUUCCUGAUCGACGGCCGCGUCCUCAUCCUCCGCAAGGGCAAGCACAACGUGCGCAUCAUCGAGGUCGUCACCGACUUGCAGUGGGAUGAAAGCGGCAAGGAGUACCCCGGCGAGCCCUUCAAGGGCAAGACACGCAAGACGAUCCAGAAGUUGCGGGAGAUUGCCGAGAGGGAUGGAGUAAGGUUGUCCCGCAAGGAGCUGAACCGCAUGGUAGCGGAGAGGCUGGCCGAGGAGGAGACGGAGAUUGCCGUUGUGAACAAUCCGGACAUCAGAUUUCCUACGAAGAGCGAGCGCCAAAAGGUGCGGGACGAGCUGAUGAAGGCCAAAUAG